GCUUCGAAGAUGUUGCGCGUGUUGGUGCUGCUGCUGCUGCUGCUGGCUUUGGGUGUCCUGGAUUGUCGGGCCGAAUGCAAUGUGUGCUCCGCAUUAUCCAAUGCGGCCUGUGUGUCGCAGACACAGUUCAUGUUCUGCGUAAAUAACAUACUAGUUCAGCCAGUGAAUAGCUGUCCGUCGGGUACUUUCUGCACGGCCCAGACUGCCAUUUGCCAGAGUAACAGCUCGUUAGCGUCGUGCAAUGAAUGUGGCAUUUGCAGUGCUGACCUUGUCUUUGCCUGUAUGGGCGUUCACACAUAUGCCCUGUGCCUGGGCACGCAGCAGCCAUCAGUAAUCAGAGGCAGCUGCGCCCCCUACUUGGUGUGCAACAGGGACAAUCCCAACAUUUGCGGCUCUGCAUCGACUGGUGGCCAGGUCUCCUGCCCCCUGAUGGAUGAUGAAUUGUACAGCGAUGCGAAUACUUAUUGCAGAUCUGUCCAAAGGGCUGGCCGCUAUCCCUAUGGCAACACGCUCGAAGCCACCUGCAAACAAUACGUCAAUUGUUAUGUGUACGGCAGCAUUUGGUAUGGCGCCCUGUACGAGUGCCCGGGCUCAACCUAUUUCCAGCCCAGCUCACAAAUGUGCAACACCACAGUGCCGUCUGCCUGCCGCAGCCUGCAAUGGCCCUAG